AUGGAAAAGGAAAAGGAAACAGAAAAGGAAAAGGAAAAUGGAGUGGAAAAUGGCGGACCAGACAAAUUGUUUAGUGAGCUUUUUGAGGAGCUUGGGCAGUUAAAUUCAAAUUUCCCUCCAAAACCCCUGACUGGAGAAGAAGGGUCAGGUGAGGAGGGAAAGAGGGAGGAGCCAGCUCCUGCUCCACAGGCAGAGUCUGUGGAGGAUAAUGGAGCUGUGCAGGCAGAGGGUGGAGCUACCUCAGAAACACCAAAAACUAACAGCAAGGACUCCACCCUUCCCAAUGCCCAAGCCAAGAGACCUUUGUCUGAAUUGUCCUCUGAGUCUCCCGUAGUCUCAGAGAAAAGGAGAAGAGCUGGGAGCUCCUCAGACAGUUCAUCUGUGGAGGAUCUCAGAGUCUUCCCCUCCGAUUCACCCAAUGAGGUCUCUUUUCUCAAUAUAGCUCUGCAAUCAACCCCUAGAAGGGCUGUUAAUAUAAUGCAUGGUCUACCUGUAGGUAGACCUGUAGAGCCUGUAAGGGAAUUGGAGCUCAGUUCAGUCACUCUCCCCCCAUGA